AUGGCCGCCACAGGGCCUAAUAAGUUUUCCAUCCGGAGCAGCGCUCCUAGUGACUACUCGAGUUUGAGCGAUUCUCAGCUGCUCUUCAGCUCCCAGUUCUGCCCGGAGAACGUGCAGUUGGCAGCGGCACCGCUGGAGCUGGGCACACAGCUGGGACAGCACAACUCCCAGGACAGUGAGCCCAGUAUUUUUACCAAAUACCAGACAAAACCACAGUUAUUUGAUGAAGAUACAAAAGAAAAAGGUUCACUUAAUUUUGGUGCAGGAAGAGUGAAAAGUGUCUUGGAAAAUUUUGAAGUGAAUAAGAACAAAAUAAAGGACAAAUAUGAUCGUGAGGUUUUAAGCACCUUUAUUUCCAAUAUCAAAGACAGGCUUCAAGGGCUGCAAGCAUGCUUGGACAAGUUUGGAGAAAUGCUUGAUUCAAGAAACAAAUCCAUUUUGGUUCACCUGGAAACCAUUUCCAAGACAUUGCAAGAUGCUCUUCAAAGUCACUGUGGCUCAGUGCUGAAAGCUCUGACAGAUAAAAGCCAAAUGGAGCAGGCGCUGCUGGAGAUGGAGAGGAGACUUGCAGCCAAAGAUGUGGAGAUUUUGGAUGUGAAAUCCAGUGUCCAGCUGCUGAAGGAGAGUCUGGAGUCACUGCCAGCUCAGCUGAGUGAUCAGCGACUGAAGCUAUGUGAAGAAUUAGGCUUCCUGAGGCUCCCUCACACCUUGGCUGAGCUGCACACGUUCAUUUCCAGCACCAGAUUUCCCCCUCACAUGGCAGAUAACUCUUCCCAGACCUCCCCUGGCCCACGCCAGGACCGUGUUCAGGGUGAGGAGAGUGCAUGCUUGCUAUGCUGCCGAGGCAGGGGGGGUUGCAGCCCCUCGGGUCGGUCUCAGUCCCCUUGCACAGCAGUGGGGGAGCAGCAUGGAGACUCCCCUGUGAAGAACCAGGUCACCAAGGAUGGCACACCUCAGGGUGACCUAAACAUGGCUUCAGAAGGGAAAGUCAGCCCCAUUGCUACAGUGGCGUGUGGCAGAGAAAACACCUCUUUGCAGGAGGUGAAAUAUGGUCUGGAAGCACAGAGCUGUUCUAACCACCCUUGCGUGUGCUGCACUAACAGUCACUUUUUGGGGGGUAGUCAGAAGAAACACAGUCCUGUACUGCAGGAGGUGCCUCUGCCAACUCCACUGAGGAAAGUGGUCAGGAGAUGCACCAGAGGAUUGGGACCUGUGAUGCCGUCACAGCAGAAGCAGCCUCAAGUUUGCCACCUUUCUGUACGAAAAGGUACGCCUGGGCAAAGAGACAAUCACCUGUCCACAGACGGUGAGGUGAAGAAUCCACCUGUAGGGAACAAAGCAAAACAGAAGCCAGGAAGGAUCCCCUGGAAUAAAGUGACAGGAAGGAAGAAACCGUGCCCUGCUAUGAGAAAAGGCAAGCUCUGUCAAUGUGUUGACGGUGGGCUGAAGCAAAAGAAAGAGAAUGGGAUUACUGAGUUGGAAAACUCCAGAAAAAAUUGCUUUCCCAGAUACACAGUUGCUCUCAGUUUAGGAAGCUCUAACCCAACUCCUGCAGCUCCCACUCAGCAGAUCUUCAGCAGUGCUCAGCCAAGGCUUACAAAGAAUUUUGCACCGGUGCCAUGCUCCAAUGAAAGCCUGCAACAACGUGCAGACAAAAGAAAGAGAAGUUUGGGAAUUAAAAAAAGAGCAAAGGCUUCCAGUGUAAAAAGGAAUUUCUGGGAUUCCUCUCCCCAGGAGAAUAUAUUUUCCAUGUGCAGCAUGACAGGUGAAAAACAGAUGAGCUGCUUCAGCCUCCGAAGCCCUGCAGCCUCCAAGAAACCACGUCCUGUCAAUACGCUGGCUCAGCAGAAUACGGCCUGUUGCCCUUUGGUUUUUGAUAGUGAUUAUUCCGACUGAAGGGUUUUGUUUCGUGUUCAGAGUCCUCAGCACAGGCUUGACGGUCUCAGUCGCAGUUUAUUCCUCUGGAUGUGUUACCUGCUCAGUCAGAGAGGAUGCUUGAAAGUGUCGGUGCCCACUUUGAUAGAUUGUAAGGGACUGCCUGGGAUCUGAGGAGACGCCCUCCCCCAGCUUGGAAAGCUGAUGGAAUCUGUGCUGCUCCCAGCAGAGCUGCCACGGGCACCAAUGACCAUCAUAUUUAUGCAGCAGAGAAGUACCUGAGGAGUCUGCUGGGACAUUCACUGGGGAGGAGAGGGCUGGCAGAGCAGAGACGUGCAGCUCAAUCAGAUUUAGCAUCGAGAUCUACUUGAGACUUUUCAACUGGGCAGAUACAAUAAUAGCUCUGUGGCCAGAGGCUUUAAUCUGUUUCUCACUUGUAGUUGCUAUAUUGGUUCAUAUGCCUGAAAGUUCAGCUGUUUAGCUCCGUAGGUGAUAGUAGCGUUGUUCUGGUUGAUUUUGAUAAAGUUCAGAUUUGUCCCGGGAGUUGUUCGUGAGCUUUGGACAGGGACAAGUUUAGCUGAGGAAAACCAAAUCCCAACACCCCAGGUUCACCGUCUAUGGCAUUAUUUCUCCUUUUAGGCUGAAAUUUCCUGGUUUCAGAAAAUUCAGGAAAUUAUUUAGUUUCUACUUUAUGUGUCUCUUGUAUCUCUUGGCUAAUCAAGUAAUUCUCCAACAUACACUUUUCAAGGGCAGCGGUUCUCAAAUGGAAGCCAAAAGAUGUGACCUUCAGAUUCAGCACCGAUGGACAGUGCUUGUCCUUUAGAAACCACCUCUCUAGCGAGGAGUCGCUCUAAAAUUUUCAAGUCAGAAAGGACCAGCCUGCUCUCCUAACCUGGUGUACACAGCAGUGAGAUCGGUGGGGCAGCCCCAGACCCCGCAGAGCAACUCAUUCCAGGGUACCCAGCUGCAGCUAUCAGCUUCCACUGCCUCAGGGAUUUGUAUCGCAUUUGAUUUUUGGUCUGGGAUACAAAAGAAGCAUUUUGGUGUUGUCGAAGCAGGUCAAUUGCCACGAAUCCAACCGGUGUCCUCCCGAGGGGGAAGACUGGGAUCCCU